CUCAUCUAUAUACAUAAGGAUACUAUGCGUUGCUCUUAAGCACUACAAGCAAAACAAAAGCUUACUUUUAGUUUUCUACUUUUAUCAUUUUGCUUUCCCAUGGCCAUGGCUUUCCGGGGCAAGAAAACCAUGUUUGUAAGCCUUCUAUGCCUCUUCAUCAUGGCCUUGUCAUCACCGUCUAAGGCGGAGCUCCAGCGAUUCGAACACGCAGCGAAAAAAGACGGGUCCCUCAGCUUCUUGGUUGUAGGGGACUGGGGAAGAAGAGGAUACUACAACCAAUCUGAAGUUGCUCUUCAGAUGGGAAUAGUUGGAGAGAAGUUGGACAUUGACUUUAUAAUAUCAACGGGUGAUAACUUCUACGAUAAUGGUCUGACGGGCACAGAUGAUCCUGCCUUUGAAUACUCAUUUAGCAAAAUCUACACUGCUCCUAGCUUACAAAAGCAAUGGUAUAGUGUUGUGGGAAACCAUGACUAUAGAGGUGAUGUUGCGGCACAACUGAGUCCCAUCCUUCAAAAGUUGGACAACAGAUGGCUUUGCUUAAGAUCCUUCAUUGUUGAUACCGAAAUUGCAGAGUUUUUCUUUGUAGAUACUACUCCUUUUGUUGAGAAAUACUUCACAGAUCCGGAGGACCAUGUCUAUGAUUGGAAGGGAAUAUUACCCCGGAAAAAUUACCUUUCUAAUCUCUUGAAGGAUGUAGAUUCAGCAUUAAAAGAUUCUAUUGCGAAAUGGAAGAUCGUGGUGGGUCACCACACAAUCCGAAGUGCUGGGAGUCACGGUGAUACCCACGAGAUUGCUAAAUAUCUUCUUCCAAUCCUCAAGGAAAACAAUGUCGAUCUUUACAUCAAUGGGCAUGACCAUUGCCUAGAACAUAUAAGCAGCCCCGACAGUCCAAUCCAAUUUUUAACGAGUGGUGGAGGCUCAAAGGCAUGGAGGGGAGAUGUCAACUGGUGGAACCCAAAGGAAAUGAAGUUCUUUUAUGAUGGGCAAGGUUUCAUGUCAAUGGAAAUUACCCAAACUCAAGUGGACAUUGCAUUCUAUGAUGUUUUUGGACGUGUUUUGCACAAAUGGGCCACUUCCAAGCAGCUUUACUCUACCAUGUAGAGUAGAUUAUGAAAUUAUUCUUGUCGGUAAAUCUGUAUUUAUGAACUUAAUUAAGGCCCUAAUUGUACGGAGAUAAAAGGGAGUCUCCUAUGUAAACGAUAACGAAUGUCUAUAUUUAUGUAUAAAUAUAUAUAUC